GGAUACAUUCCUUCCAAAAUGCCACUAUUGAUCUAUCUUGUUCUCUUGGUACUUGGAUUUCAUACUAAAAUCCAUUGUGUACCACCUAACAGAUCUGAAGGCAAAAAUAACCACCUACCAUUCUCCAAAAAUGCCAUUCUCUAUAAGAUGCAAUCUAGAAUUGCCAACUUUACAUUCAACCUGUACCAGAGGUUCACUGUGGAGACCCCAAAGAACAUCUUUUCCUCUGUGAGCAUUUCUGCAGCUUCAGCCAUGCUUUUCCUUGGUGCUUGCUCCAGUACCCAAACUCAGAUCCUAGAGGGCUUGGGGUUCAACCUCACAGACACUCCAAUGGCCAAGAUCCAUCAGGGCUUCUAGUAUUUCAUCUGUUCACUCAAUUUUCUGAAGAGGGAGCUCUAAGUGUAAAUGGGAAACACAUUCUUCAUUGGGAAGUGGCUGAAACCACUGGCAGCUUUGGAAGAUGUCAAGAGCUUCUAUGAGACUGAAGUCUUUUCUACUGACUUCUCAAAUGUUUCUGCAAUCCAGCAGCAGAUCAACAGGCAUGUGGAGAAGCAAACCAAAGGGAAAGGGCAACAUCCAAACCCCAAGCCAAACACCAUCAUAGUCCUGAUGAAUGACAUUUGCUUUAAAGCACAGUGGACAAAUCUUUUUGAUGCAUCCAAAAUGGAAAAAGGUUCCAGUUUCUUAGUGGACAAGAACACCACAGUGCUAGUGUCCAUGAUGCACCAGAUGGAGGAAUACUCUCCUGUGGAUACAGAGCUGAACUGCACAAUGCUGCAAAUGGACUACAGUGAGAAUGCCCUUGCAAUCUUUGUCCUUUCUGAGGAGGGACAAAUAGAGAGGGAGGAAGCCAUAUCAUCUAAAACACCAAAGAAGUAAAACUGCAUACUCCAGAAGGGAUGGGUUGACUUGAUUGUCUCAAAGUUUCCCACAUCUGCAACUUAUGAUCUUGGAGCCAUCCAUCUGAAGAUGGACAUCCAGGAUGCCUUUGCUGACUAUGUGGAUUUUUCUGAAGUCCCAGGGGACAAUGGUCUGAAGCUUCCAAUUCACUGCUGCCUACAAGGUGUGUUGGACAUUGGUGAAAAGGGAACCAAAGCUGUAGCUGUCCCUGAGGUCAGGUUCCUGGACCAACCUGAGAUAACUGUGCUUCACCCUAUUAUCCAAUUUGAUAGAUCCUUCCUGCUGUUGAUUUUGGAGAAAAGCACCAGAAGUAUUCUCUUUCUAAGGAAAAUUGUCGAUCCAUUGUCAGUGUAG